CCUAACAGCAAAGUUCACUUACAGAGAAAAGAAGAGUAUUUGAGGGAUAGUAGACAUUAUUUGGACAUCUCUGAGGACCUAACCUUGAGUUGGUCUUAGCUUCGUGGCAACAGGAAAUCUUCAGGAUUCUCUUUGGAAUGAACACCUUUGGGGUGGAAGAUAUUGACCUUUGGAGUAGACCUGAGACUCAGUGCUGUGGACUGGAGAAGCCUGUUUUGUAGAAGUUGCACAUCCUUCUGAACCCAUGGCUUGACUCUAGAAGCCCCCAUUAGAGGCGAGCGAGCCGCUGGGUGCAGGCAGGCGACGUGCUGCCCGGCUAGGCUGCCCGGGGGAGAUGACUUCUCGCCAGGAGGACGCCUCUGGAAAGAAGACCACAGAGGGAGCAAAGUUUCAGGGCAGCUGAGGAGCCUUGGUCGCAGCCCUUCCGAGCCCAAUCUCCUCCCUGGCUAUGGAGGGCGGACUUUAAAAUGAAUUCCGAUCUGGACACCGGCCACAACACAUCAGCACCUGCCCACUGGGGAGAGUUGAAAGAUGCCAACUUCACUGGCCCCAACCAGACCUCGAGCAACUCCACACUGCCCCAGCUGGACGUCACCAGGGCCAUCUCUGUGGGCCUGGUGCUGGGCGCCUUCAUCCUCUUUGCCAUCGUGGGCAACAUCUUGGUCAUCCUGUCGGUGGCCUGCAACCGGCACCUGCGGACGCCCACCAACUACUUCAUUGUCAACCUGGCCAUUGCUGACCUGCUGUUGAGCUUCACAGUCCUGCCCUUCUCCGCUACCCUGGAAGUGCUCGGCUACUGGGUGCUGGGGCGCAUCUUCUGUGACAUCUGGGCAGCGGUAGAUGUCCUGUGCUGCACGGCCUCCAUCCUGAGCCUAUGCGCCAUCUCCAUCGAUCGCUACAUUGGGGUGCGAUACUCUCUGCAGUAUCCCACGCUGGUCACCCGCAGGAAGGCCAUCUUGGCGCUCCUCAGUGUGUGGGUCUUGUCCACUGUCAUCUCCAUCGGGCCUCUCCUGGGAUGGAAAGAACCUGCGCCCAAUGAUGACAAAGAAUGCGGGGUCACAGAAGAACCCUUCUACGCCCUCUUUUCCUCCCUGGGCUCCUUCUACAUCCCACUCGCGGUCAUCUUGGUCAUGUACUGCCGGGUCUACAUCGUGGCCAAGAGGACCACCAAGAAUCUGGAGGCGGGAGUCAUGAAGGAAAUGUCCAACUCCAAGGAGCUGACCCUGAGGAUCCACUCCAAGAACUUUCAUGAGGACACCCUCAGCAGUACCAAGGCCAAGGGCCACAACCCCAGGAGUUCCAUAGCUGUCAAACUUUUUAAGUUCUCCAGGGAAAAGAAAGCAGCCAAAACCUUGGGCAUUGUAGUCGGAAUGUUCAUCUUAUGUUGGCUCCCCUUCUUCAUCGCUCUCCCGCUUGGCUCCCUGUUCUCCACCCUAAAACCCCCGGACGCCGUGUUCAAGGUGGUGUUCUGGCUGGGCUACUUCAACAGCUGCCUCAACCCCAUCAUCUACCCGUGCUCCAGCAAGGAGUUCAAGCGCGCCUUCAUGCGUAUCCUUGGGUGCCAGUGCCGCGGUGGCCGCCGCCGCCGUCGCCGUCGCCGUCUAGGCGGCUGCGCUUACACCUACCGGCCGUGGACCCGCGGCGGCUCGCUGGAGAGAUCGCAGUCACGGAAGGACUCUCUGGAUGACAGCGGCAGCUGCAUGAGCGGCAGCCAGCGGACCCUGCCCUCGGCGUCGCCCAGCCCGGGCUACCUGGGUCGAGGAACGCAGCCACCCGUGGAGCUGUGCGCCUUCCCGGAGUGGAAACCCGGGGCGCUGCUUAGCCUGCCAGAGCCUUCUGGCCGCCGCGGUCGCCUCGACUCCGGGCCACUCUUCACCUUCAAGCUCCUGGGCGAGCCUGAGAGUCCAGGCACCGAAGGCGAAGCCAGCAACGGGGGCUGCGACACCACGACCGACCUGGCCAAUGGGCAGCCAGGCUUCAAGAGCAACAUGCCCCUGGCGCCCGGGCACUUUUAGGGUCCCUUUCCAUCCACCCCCCAACACACACACAUCAGGGUGGGAGAACACCAUCGUGGGGGGCGGGAGGGCGCGUGGGGGGAGUGUCAGCCCUGGGUAGACACAGAGUCGCAAGGGGUCAAGGGGGGAGGGGGGCGGGGAGAGGGGCAGCUGCUUUUCUGGCAGGGGCAUGGGUGCCAGGUACAGCGAAGAGCUGGGCUGAGCAUGCUGAGAGCCUGGGGGCUCCCCACCCCCGACACAGACCGGGACUUAAGUCUCUCUCUCUUCUCUCUCUGUAUAUACAUAAAAUGAGUUCCUCUAUACGUAUUUAUCUGUGGGUACACGUGCGUGUGUCUGUUCGGUGUACGUGUGGGCUGCAUGGGUGGUGCGUGUGUGAGGCCUGCCCGCACGAGCGUGCCAGGGGCAGAGCGAGUGUGGCCCCUGGUGAUGUCCAGGUGUGUUGUUUGUCUCUUGACUUUGUACCUCUCAAGCCCCUCCCUGUUCUCUAGUCAAUGCUGACACUUUGAUAGGGUCGGAAAACAAGUCAGAUAUUAAAGAUCAUUUCUCCUGUG